GCUAUAUUUAAAUGUAAGGAGUUGGUUUAUAUCGCAUUAAGUGAGAAACACUUGGAUUUUUUAGCAAGAAGAAGAAGAGUUGAUUUGUUUACAAAAUGAGAAAUUGUAUCGGGAUGGCCAGGGGUGACUUUGAUAGAAAAGCGUAGAUACUAACUGCAAUAGUGACGACGUCAAUAAUACUAGCUGCUAGUGGGGGUCUGCAAGUGUACACCUAGUUGCUGUGAGACUUUCAGGGACUGAUCCCUGCACCCAGUCAAAGGUCAUGAUUUGAAAGUCACUGAGAACCAUAGGAAUUUCAUUCAACCAUGAACUGUGUUGAUAGGAAUUCCAUCCCCAGAGGGAAACAUCUGUUGAAAUUCGUUAUCAGUCAUAUCAGUGGAUCCCACAUUCAGGGUAGUGGUGACUUGGUGAAAGCUGUUUACAAACCACCUAUCUGUUCCUAUAGGGAAUUAAAUUUAACGUUUCAUGAGGAAGCAGAGGAAGCUAUUGUAGUAGAAGAGGGAGCUGAUCUAAAUGAGUUACAGAAGUCUGUAGUCAGUGAAUAUCGCAGAAAGACAGGAUAUUAUAACCCUUUGAAAAUCUCUCAAGUUUGUGUCAAAGGGACAAGUAAUGGGGAGGAGAAUGAAAUGCUCAAAAUAAAGGUGGUGCAAAUCACUUCAAAUACUGAUGAGAUACUGGAAGGGAUUCUUGAUAGUAAUCUAGAUACUCAUUGUUUAUCCAGGUUUCCUGUUCAUCCAUUGCCUUUGUGUGAGCUUCCAUCUGAUGGAGGACCUACGGGUAGCCUAAAAGUGGGAGAGAGAGAAGAAAAUGGAGGGAUUUUGCUUGAAACUUACAGUGAUAACAACAGGGAGAUGUUUUCUGUAAAGUUUGGAGAGGAUGAUAUUAUGAGUGUCAGUAGAAGUGCAGUUGACAAAUUUCACAAAAUAUCAGGAAUAACUGAUUCCUUGAGUGCACAGAGGGAGAGGAUAUUUACUUAUGUAAAUAAUAAGGAAGUUCCUAUUACGAUCAUGUAUCUGUUUCCAGAUCCAGAAGUGAAAAAGACUGAAACCUGUAUUUUAGUGAAAGAGACAGCUCGUAAAAGAGGUCGACCAAGAGGUAGGAGAAAAGGUGUUGCAAAAGGUAGGAUAAUGAAAGAAGUAAGAGAACUGAAUGAAUAUGUUAGUCAAUUUAAACAUUCCAAAUUUAGAAGAAGAGAUAAUGGCAUCCCUGAUCAAGAUAAGGACUUGCAAAUAGCAUUAGAAGAGGAAAUCAGUGAUAUGGAAGGGGAUGAUUUAAGCACCUUUGGUUGUGAAACUGGGAUAGUUGUUAGUGGCAGUGUAGUGUCAUCAAGUGCCGACAGUAAUGAUGGGGAUGGUGCAGCCAAAGAAGAUUUGCCCAUGCUGGAGUUGCAAUCUUCACAUGAGGACAUGAAUGCUUCUCUGAACCCUGGAGAUAUCUGGAAGUUUCUUACUCAAUAUGCAUCUGAGGAUAACAGAGUGCAGGGUCUUGUAACUCAGUUCAACAAUGAAAGCUGGUUGCAGGUGAAAAGAAUGUCUAAUUUUUAUCAGAUUGAUGGUGAAGUUAUGACAGACCUGUCUUUUAAAGUGGUGUAUAGAAAUGAUUUUUCACCUAUUACUUACUUCUUGCGAGGAUUCAGUCGGCUUUUGAAAACUGGUGAACUCAAUACAGCAAAUGAUAUUAAUAACCUUUUUCGAUUUAUGUCUAGAGAUCGUAAAUUGUGUCUUGGACUUAAACCGUCUCCAUAUCAACAUAGCAUAGACAGUAAUACUAGAGUGAGAAAGUUUUUUCAAGAAAAAGGUCAAUUUUUGUCAACACCAUUUGAAUGUCUGCUUUCAAAGUCAUGUCGAGGCAUUGUGAAAAUAAUUGGUACCUCUCCCGUGUCUGUGUUCACCCGAGGGUCUAGAACUGUUCAUGGUGUACAUGCGUUAUGUCGUGCAUGUGCUCUUCUUGGUAAGAAAAUGAACCAGUUAAUUAAGCUAUCUCCCAAGAAUAGUAUCAUGGAAGCUGAUGAAAUGCAGGAAAAGGUGGUUGGUGAUAGUUUCCUGCAACUUCUUAGGCAGCCUGUCAAGAGAAGUGGAAUGACUUACAGUGCACUGAAGUACCUGUUUACCCAGAGUAUUCCUGAAAUUCUGUCUGAUAAGGAACUUAAAAGCAGCCAGACUUUUCCAGAUGAGGCAGAUAUUGAUGAAGAAACACAAACAGGAGCAAAAAGAGGAAGAGGAAAUCAAAAGGAAGGAAAAUCCAAAUCAAAUAUUUGUGUAACUGAAGAAGCCUUCCUUCAGAUGAUAGACCUUCAGCCCCCUAAUUCAGAAGGACUGGGAAGAUCCUUAUUGAAGAAGUGCAACUUGUGUCAGUUCAGAGCACCAACAAUGCUCUCUCUUGUUACUCAUAUGAAAGGGCACUUAGGAACACUCAAGGAGAAAUGCUCGCAAUGUGAAAUUCAAUUGUCAAGUAAAGAGGCCUUAGAGAUUCAUAAAAAACAAAUGCACAUGGAACGUUCACCUGUGUGUUCCAUUUGUGAAAUGGACUUCACUACCAAUGACCAGUUGUUUGACCACAUGAAUAAGCACCGUAAUCACUUGCCUUUUGAAUGUCCAUAUUGUAAUCAUAAGUUGAGUAACAAAGAGGCUUACAAGAAACAUCUUAGGCUAACACAUAAAAUUACUUCAGUUAAAGACUUGAAGUUCAAUUGCAAAACAUGCAACAUUUUUUUUUACACUGAGGAUCAUGUGCUGUUGCAUAGAGUAAAUCAAAAUCAUGAAGGAAUUGAACCAUUUAAUUGUAGAGCUUGUGCAUUCUCCUGUGUAACUGCUAAUGAGUUUCGACAUCAUAUCAUGGAACAUGCAGAGGAAGAAAGAGAAGCUGUAAAUCUUGCAAUAUGUCCUGAAUGUUAUAAAGUGUUUUUUUCAAAAUAUAGGUUAACUUUCCAUAUUGAGAUGAAGCACUCAAAGGUGAAAGCCAAAUCAGACCAGUUGCCAGAAGCUAUUGUUGAGUCAGAGUCAGUUCCCACAGUCAAAAAGAAGAAGAGCAAGGGACCAUACCUCCGGUAUUUAAGAGCAAAUGAAAAGUAUGAGUGUGCCAAAUGUAAGCGAAGAUUCAAAACUGCCAAAACACUCGAAAGUCACAUCAAAUUUGCUCAUGCUGAGAAAAAAGCAUGUAAAUCAGAGCAUGUAUGUACUUUGUGUGGCCGUAAGUUUAAUGCCCUUCGUCGUCUAGGUAAUCACAUGAAGAUCCAUUCUGGCAAUAGACCAGUGUUUCAAUGUGAAGAAUGUGGACAGAUAUAUGGGAAGAAGACCCAAGUUUUAGAACACAUUAGAACUGAUCAUGCUGAACAGGUGGAACGACACCAGCAGCAACAGGAACUGGUACAGGUUGAUCAGUCUCAGGAUCAACAGUUUGUUGAUAUUCAGGUCCAUCAACAAAAUAACUGUAGUAUAGAAGGAUCUGCCUCAACUUCUUGGAGUCCAAUCAAAAGUCCUUUUAAAGUACCAACAGUGGAGCAAACUCAAGAGGCUGUUUAUAGUCUUCUUCAGCUAACAGACUUUUAAGAAAUUUAAAUAAUUCAACUUUCAAAUCAUCUGCUGGUAAAAAUAUUGAUAAUGUCCCAUUGGUAGUGACUAUACAUAGUACAUGGUGUUAUAACAUUUACUUUGAAAAAUUUGUCUCAUGGAAACAGUAAGAGAUGUGGCUACUUUAAGUGAUCAUGUUAAUUUCAAUACAGUAUCCUAAACACCAAAUUAUUUUUCAAAUAGUAUAUAAAGUAAGGCUGUUUUGUUCUCAAUUUUGAUAUACUAUUUAUGAACCUUAAGAUUAACCAAGCCACAAGACUGUUAUUUACCGUACAUAAAUUUUGAUUUUGAUACUGGAUAUAAUUACAUCUAUGUUGGAAAGCAUUUAAUAAUAUAUAUUGCUGAAAAUUAAAGCAGUAUUCUGUUUUUCUUUAGA